AUGUCCGACGUUUCUAAAGAAGAAGUUAUCAAAGGUGGUCUGAAGUUGAAGAAAGGAGGAAAAGUUUUCAAGAAGAAGAAAAAAGAACGAUUGGAUUUGAGGAAUAUUGACUUGACAAUCCGUCGAGAUGGUGACGCUUCAGCCACACACAAGACUGCAGCUGAAUUGGCGUUUGAGAAACGACGAAAACAGAAUCAGUUUGAACGACUAACGAAAAAAGCGGCGGUAAGUCACCGUGAGAAGGUGGAACGAUUCAAUGCGCAAAUGAGUGAAUUGACGGAAUUCAACGACAUACCGAAAGUUUCGUGGACAAAAUGA